CUCGAGGGGAGGGAGGGCCGCGCUCGUGAGCUACGUGCACACUUGUUCUCAUCAUCCGCCAGAAUCCAAACGGUCUCGUAUCAUGAAGCUCGGCGGCUGAGCUCCCUGCGCUCUGCCUCUUUCUCCACACACAGACUGAAGCCACAUCGGACAGCCACGCUCCGUGUCGCCUGCUGAAGCCACCUGCUGGUUCCGCGAUGCGUUCGCUCUCUCGUUUUGGUCGUUGAACGGUUGUUAUACAUAGAAACUCGUUGGUUGCUGCAGGACCGAGCUUUAACUCACAGAGAAUCGUCCAUCUCUUCGCGCCUGCUUUUAAACAGCCGCGUCUCGCUAACGUUGACUGAGGAGGGGAACCGAAAGCAACACAGCUCGGAUAUCCAUGACCUUGGAUUUCCAGCACUACAGUUUCAGAAUGCCGAAUAUAGGGUUUCAGAACCUCCCCCUCAAUAUCUACAUUGUUGUCUUUGGGACUGCCAUCUUUGUGUUCAUCCUCAGCCUUCUCUUCUGCUGCUAUCUGAUUCGGUUGCGACAUCAGGCGCACAAGGAGCUCUAUGCAUACAAACAGGUUAUUCAGAAGGAAAAGGUCAAAGAACUAAAUUUACAUGAGAUCUGUGCUGUGUGCUUGGAGGAGUUCAAACAGAAGGAUGAGCUGGGGAUUUGCCCGUGCAAACAUGCCUUUCACAGGAAGUGCCUCAUUAAGUGGCUUGAGGUGAGGAAAGUGUGUCCGCUCUGUAAUAUGCCCGUUUUGCAGCUGGCGCAACAGCAGGGGACGUCCGAGACGGUGGCAGUGGUGGCUCCCACGCAGCAGCACCUGCCUGGAGUGGAGAACCUGGUGUAGCCCCAACCCCCCAUCUUUCAUCCUGCACCCUUACUCCCUCACUUGCUCUAUUGUACAGGUACUCGCAUCCAUGCCAAGGGCAGGCUGGAGAACACACACAUGUCCAGGCUGCGUUCUGCUCUGUUUCCGCCUCUGUGGAUUCACAACUGAUUCUCACCAUACUACGAUGACUGCCGAGUCCCAAGAACCUUUUUUGUUUAUUUGGAUUUUUUUCAUAAUUUUUUUUGUUGAGGAGACAACAAAGAACUUUUUCCACGGCACUGUGCUGCGGAUGUUCGGACUGUUCCACACCAAAGCACUUUUUUUUCUGGGGACACUAGCUCAAGAAGUGACAGAAAAAACACGAACUAUACAAACAGCAAGAAAAGAAGAAGAAGAAAAAAUCACGUCAGAAACGGCUGCGUUUUUGUUAACAAGAGUUACUUUUGUUUUUUUUUAACAAGCACUUUACAUGGACUCGAAAUUAAUUGCUUGUGAAGAUAGUAGCAAGGUCAUAUUUUAUAUUAUUUCAAUUAACUGUAUUAUAUCUAUUUUCCCUUUUUUAGUAAAUACAGAACCACAUCAUUUUGAUUGGUCUUAGAAAGGACUUUCCUUAAGUUUAUACUGUAUAUUAAAGAAGGGACGACAAGCUUUUGACAGUUAUGUAUGUGAGGGGAACAAGUGGGAGGUUGAGUCCUCUUCCAAAAAUUAGGAGUCAGGUGGCUCGCUAUUUAAUAUGUAGUGCACUAGGUAGGGUGUUUAGGCACCAGUAUAGUGCACUAUGUAGGUAUUAAGGAGCCAACUUGGUUACAGCAGCUGUCACGUCAUGAAGUAAUGUUGGUAUUGAUGGAAAUAGCCCUUAUAUGCUGAUCUGAGACCAGUUUUGCGAUUGUCUUAGAAUGAUUAAGCGUGCGAGUGGGGCAGCUGGUCUUCAUCGGUGCAAAAGGGUGUCUCUUUGGCUGGACAGGCACUGGAAUGACCUCAGGGUGUCGUCCAAACUAAUGUGAAUAAGAGUUUGAUGGAGGUCACGUCAGCCCAGUGGAGGUUGAUUCCAUAAGUUUCAGUAGGUGUUUAUGUUUAAACUGCUGCCACGCACACAUACAAUACACAUAUUCAUACAGCCAGCAUACUCUAGCAGCAUACUUUAAGCUGUGUUGUGCAAAGUCUGUGCAAAGUUAUCUGGAAAGGCCUAAUCGUUCUAAAAGAGAAAGGCUAAAAUCAGCAUUGUUUUCACGCCUGUUCAAGUACAGUAUUUAUUACACUAGAGUCCACUCGAAUCUGAAUGUUAGGCACCCAUUGUGUAACACAAAGCAAUGUGAAUCACACUGUCAGUCCAAUGUGAGAUCGUUUCCUGGUACAGGGAGUCCGAAGUGAUCAUCAUUCUUCCUCUCACUUAUAUAACAGAUUCCCACCCCAUACUGCCUCCAUGUCCAAAAACAGAUCAAGUCAAAGCAUUACUCAGUCUUUGGCACUGACUGUCUAAGUUUGUUAUUAUUGAGCUGGAUGUUUAAGCAUACUGGAGUAAUGGAGAAACUUGAGACCUAGAUGUAUGUACGAGUGAAGUCACAGGGCAAAAUGUGCCUUGAUGCGAUCGUGAUAUGUGCCCAUGAUGUGACUGCAGUUUAUCCAGCAAACUGUGCGUAGCCCCAGUCACUAACAGCUUGCUAAAUAGGUACAGAAAGCGAAUGUUGGCUGUGUGCGCAUAUUCGGCAUCAUCGCAGCGUAUUAUAUCUUCUCACAGACAUGCAUCUGAUCCUGAGAGUUUGAACAGUGUUAUUCAGAUUGUAAAUAUUGUUUCAACACAUCUUUGAGGCCUGUGCUGUAUCUGCCAUCGUUAAAGGAAGUCUCUCAACAUGUCUUAAAAAACACUAUUGCUCAAAGUGGAGGGAAAUGAUGCGACUGACUGCUGUGAGUCACUCAGAGUUUAGUAAAUCAAGCAGACCGUGUAAUCAGUCAUACAUAUAAUACUUCCGCCCACUUUUUGUGUGAUUCUUCCAUGUUUUGCACGGCCCUCCCGUAAAUGCAUGAGGAAAAUAAUGCGUUUUUUGUUUCAAAGCACACAUUGCCCAUUACCUGUGCAUCAGGCUUUCAUACAUAACAUGCAGACCGAAUGUGUCUGAUUUGUGCCCAGAACUGGAGCAAAAGACUUAGUACAUUGGGUCCUUAUUGUUGGUAUAUAUCUGUAAAUCACAAGUUGGUUAGACUAGAUACUGUUUUUUAUCGGAAAACAAAUCAGAAAACUGGCGCAGACCCAUUGCAAAGGGAUUAGACUGUGGUUAAUUUUCAUGAAAUUGUGACAUUAUGCACUACAGUGUCUUGAGCCUGUGUUUGUUUGUCUUGGCGUGUAGUAAGACAUAGCUUUCCAGGGAAGAGAGGAAAAUGACUUAAAAUUCCAAAACCCUGAGUUAACCUCCACUUCUUUCCCCCGUUCACAAACACAACAGAAUGGUUCUUUUUAAGUCAGGCACAUCCAGCCACACCCCUCACAUACCAAACACUACAUGAGGAUAACUGAAACCUAAGGUAGGUUAGCAGCUUAGGACAGAAAGGAUCCAUUGCUGCAGGCCUGACUGUCAUUUCUAUGUUCCAGCAUUGAUCAGCACUUUGUGCCAAACUCACAAAAAAAGGCUAUGAAUGUGUAGCUCAUCUCCCAUACUGCAUUGCUCCACGGUGGCCCCUUUUCUACGCUGAGCCAGGUGUAAUGCCUCUGUCAGCAGGUUGGCCAUUGUACCUAAAGGAAUAAAGCCAGCUCUUUCUGAAGCUACAUUCUGGCCAUUUCCAUCUGACUGGUGUGAACCCCCUGUGCAUUGUUCAGGGUGACCCCCGGUUGGCUUUUGUGUUACCCCUGAUUGCAGUGGCUAAGAGGGGAAAAUGCUGCAUAGGGCAUUUCCGAUGGCAUCCAGAGGUUUUAAACAAGUACAUUUUAUAAAAAAGUAAGGCAAUUGGCUUUAGUUAUAAAUAAUGUCCAAACAACAAUAUAUGACAAUUCCCUUAUCUUUAGGGAACAUAUUCUCAUAUAGUAUACACCUUUACAUACUGCUAUUGCAGUCAAGUUCAGUUUAAAUGUAUAUAAGUGUCACUGAUGAUGAAUGUAUGGCAAUAGAGUGCUGUGAAAAUGUGAAAUCUAAUGUGAACGUAGUCGCUUGUGUCCAAGUCUGCCAUGUAUGUCAUAUUUAUACAUAUACACCAGUCUUGAUAUUAGUGCACCAAUCUAUUGAGGCAGAACAUCUACCUAAAAUUCUAUAGCAUUCUGAUUAUCUUCAGAUAAUCAACCCUUAAACAUUACCACUAACAGGCAGGCUAUGUAACGCCUUGUUACGGAAAGGUAAGAAAAAAGUAAACAACAAAAAAAAAAAAAAAUCAAAACCCUCUUAAGUCUUAAGUGUGUUUUUGUAAAUGGCACAAGAAUGAAAGAUGAAGUUCUUCCAGGUGCCAAGAGAUCUGCACAGUUUACAUAGAAACACAUAACAGGGCUUAAUACAAUAUAAAAAAAAUAAUGUAUAUCUAUACAUAUUAGUUCAAUGUGCUAGCAGUAAUAACUGGGACAGGUACCAAAACCUGAUCAUUGUGCAUCCCUAAAGUUGGUCUAGAACGACCUUCUGUCUGUUAGGAGGCAGUAAAGUCACUGGUUAUUUCUGAGAGAAUGAGCUUUAGUAAUGUAUGUUAAUGACUGAAGUGGCAUUCAUGUGUGCCACUGAGACCCAGUCCUGGCUCUUAAGGUGCAUCAGUCUCAGUUAGGGCUGCACGAUACAAAGUACCAUAUUGUGAGUACACUGUUGUAUAUUGCGAUUGUGAUAUACCUGGCAAUAUAUGAAAAACGACACCCACAGAAACUCAUCUAGAUCAUCUGUGAUUGAUCAGAUUGCUCAUGACAUACAGUUUAAAAGAUUGUGAUUGGUUGGGGUCUCAUUUGCAUAUUGCAGCCUUCAGUGAUACCAGUAUUGCAAACGCUAAAAUGAUGAUAAUGACUUUUGUGUGAUAUAUUCUGCAGCCCAAGUCCGUGAAAGUAGGCCUGAUUUGUAGCUGAUUCACGACAGCAUGCUCAUUCAUUUAGUUCAGAUUACCUAACACAUGGAUCCUCAUUCAUAAUUAACUGCCAAUAUUCAGAUUGUAGUCUUCGAGGCUUAAUAUUGUAUAGACUCCCACCUCCGCUCCUUUCCUGUUCCUCUGCACUCGCCCCCAACCCCCUGGCCCUCCAUGGUUCGUGGUGUAUAGUGAGUAUGUUUGUCCAGCGUCAAACAGAGCUCCAUGAUGUCCUACCUCCCGCGCCCCCCACUAGGGCUUCCUAUAGUGUGCCCCCAUAGCAUCAUUAACCCUUGCACUCACAACCACUUGUGUCUACGUAGCAUAGCCCUUAAACACACCCCUCCCACCUCCCCCCCACUCUCCCUUGUGUUUAACACUGAGAAUGUUUGUGAAGCUCACAAACAUGUUUGUAAAACUAAAAAUUCUGCAGCAGAAUAUUUUUGGAGACAUUUGCUGUACAGUAUUUGUAAGCUCUAUUUUUGUAUAUUUAAUUGACAUUUUGGAGAAAAUAAAAAAGAAAACAAAGAUGGAUUUUUUUCGUUUGUUGUUUUGCUAAUUUUGUGUUUAAAAAAUGUUGCAUGUGAUUGACUUGAACUGUAAAUAAAAUUAUCGAGUUUUGGAGGUAAUAAAA